ACGUUUCUCCAAACAUAUUUUUGUAUUUUUUUUAUUGAAAUAACUAGUGCUUUAAACAUGUCCUUUGCAGUGAAACCCAAAAGUCCCGUAUCCGAUGAUUCAAUUUCAAAUAACACGAGGUCCACACAAAUGAAAUUAAAUAAAUGCGAUGAAAGCGAACCCGGGACUUCGUAUGAAGUGUUCAGGAAUAACACAACAGCAGUCGAAGUAAUAGUUAAAGAGGUGCUCAAUAAAAAUAAUAAAAAGAAGACAGGUUCUAACUCCAGUCUUCAUACCAUUCGGAGGUUACAAGAAGAUAUCGAAAAUCUGAAAAGAGAAUUAGCAAGAACCAAUUCAGUCCUCAUGCGAACUAAGAAGGGGUUCCGUAUAAUUAUUAUUGAAAUGAAAAAACAAUUAGACACUGUAAACCGACAAGAAUUGGAAAGGCAUAAAGAAAAUUUAGCAUUACAACUGGAAAAUGAAAAACUGAAAACUUUACUGGAAUCAAAAACGAACAUGGUUACGAAAUUCAAGAGAGAGUUUAGUACGAUGAAGAGAGUGAUCAAACUGGUGAUGAAACAUAUAAGUAUCGCUCCAAAGCUAAAUGAGAACCUAAUCUUGAGUUCUGAUCCUGAAUUUGAUGAGUUUGCGAACGAUUUGAAGAGGGACAUACAUGUUAAGUUUGCUAAAAAUUUGGACAGCAUUGGCGCCACUUUUGACAGUAGCACGUUAUCAAAAGACACGAAGGAUUCUUUCGAUAAGCAUUUUUGAUGGUUUUUGUAUAAUUUUAUAUUGUAGGUAAAUUGUAAUUAGUAAAAGUGUUGUUCUUAA